AUGACGUUUCAAACCAACGUGGAUUGUAUCCAUGAGGUAUUGAAAUUUCUUCGACAUGACACUGAAUCCUUACACUCUUGUCUAUUAGUUAAUAGACUUUGGUGUGAACUAUCCGUUCCUAUCCUAUGGAAAGAUCCCUGGGCACGAUUCUUUAAUAUGCCUUUUUCUAAGCCAUCUUUCACGCAACCAAUAUCACUAAUCAAUACAUAUAUUGCCUCAUUACCGCGAGAAUCGAUAAUAAAACUUGAAAAAAAAGGAUAUAACGUAUCAUCUAUUUCAUCUUCGACAACCUUUAAUUAUCCCAUGUAUUUACGUUGUUUAGAUUUAGAAUUCUUGUAUUGGUUAGUUAUGAAAUGGGUUCAAAACAAGAGCAAACCUGGAUUCCGUCCUCUUAAGAGAGUCGUAAGACGUUUUAAAAAAUUUAGAAAAAAAUUAUAUAACAACAAUUCUAAUACCUUAGAUUCAACUUCGAUGCCACCGCAAGAUAAGAUUCGUUUGGUUUGCUCUGAACUUUUAUCCCUUUUUCUUAAAGAAUCUCCAAAAAUUUAUAUACUCCGAAUUAAUGAUUAUUCAAAGGUGGAUGUUUUUGGUCAAUUGGGGGAAGCUUUAGCAAAUUUAAAUCCAAAGAAUAAUUGUUUAUCUUCAUUAAAAGGAUUGGAAUGUAGAGACAAGCCUGUAAUGGACAAUAUUUUCGAACAUCUUUCACUGUUAACAACGGACAUUACACAAAUUUUAAUCAUGGGUAACUACAACACGAAUACAUUGGCAAAUUUGAUAAGCUCUCAAAAAAAAUUAGAAAAAGUUUGUUUCGAGAACUUUCAUCGCAUGUCACCACAAGAAUAUUGGGAAUCUCCUGGUGUCGGUUAUGAGCUUUCGAAAAAAGCAAAUUUUAUAACUAGUUUACACUUGUUAAAUUCUUGUUCAUUAUUGGCAAAAUUAUCAGAUUUUGUCAAUUUGCAAGAAAUAACUCUUCAAUGUAUCCAUGAACAAUCACAAUCAUGCGAAUCCACCGAUUCAUUAACCUCCGCAAAUAUACCUAUACUUCGUGAUUUAGCAAAACUUAAAUUUAGAUGCAAGCAUGAUUUUAGUUUAGAAUACUUAACAAAUUUGAUUGAUAAAUCUGUUGGAAAAUUACGAAAAAUUACAAUCGAAGGUUCUCGAAUCAAAGAUACAAGAAGAUGUGAUUUAUUAAUAUGUACAAUCGCCAAUAAAUGUCCAAAUCUGAAAUCCUGUUCGAUACCAAUUUCACGUUCGGAUCCUCAAAUUGAUCGUUUACUGGAAUCUUGUGAACAAUUAAAGGAUUUAAAACUUUACGCCGCUCCCGAUACCUUGAAUGAUGAUAAUAAUAAUGAUAUUAUAUUAUAUCAAUUACUUAAUUAUACACCUACUAGACUACGUAGAUUAGAUUUUGUUGAUUGGAAAUUUUCAAUAUCAGCAUGGGAAUUAUUUCUAAAAACACAAUCAAAAACUUUACUACAACGUAUAUGCUAUUAUUGGAAUGAAAAUUCUAAGAUCGCAAAUCCAUCUGAAGAAUUUCUUAAGGCCUGUCAACAAAAUAAGAGGGACGGAAUAUUAGCGACGUACAAGGGCAUUGAUUCGUAUUGGAAAUGCAUAUGGCCAAAAUUAUUUGUGAUGAAUUGA